UCGGGAGCUCGGAGCUGCUUGAGGUGCUCGCGCUGCGAGCGCUGUGCUUGGAGGCAGUGGGUAGGAAGUGUCAGUGGUGGCCAGGGCCCGGGUGGGAGAUUGAGUCGGAGGAACCACGCGCCCGCUGUCCGUGAUCACUGGCAGGGAGCGGCGUGCCAGCGGAACAAUAUGCAGAUAGGCGCCCCGCGCCCUGACGACCCCUCCAGAGGAAAAGAGGCCAGAGCGGCACUGGGGCGGCGGGGAGCAUGAAGGAGGCUGCGGGGCGGCUCGGCUCCAGGCGCGGCUAGGGAGCGGUGCGUGCGGCACAGUCGCCGGGGCGCAGCAGAGGGCGGGGAGCCCGGCAGGUCGCGCCAGCGGGCGGCAGCCUGUCGCCCAGAGCUGUUCUGAUUUCUGACGCGGACGCCAGGGGCCCGGAGCAACCCCCGACCCCAGCGUGCUGCCAACAUGGGCAACGCGGGGAGUAUGGAUUCGCAGCAGACCGAUUUCAGGGCGCACAACGUGCCUUUGAAGCUGCCGAUGCCGGAACCAGGUGAACUGGAAGAACGGUUUGCCAUCGUGCUGAAUGCUAUGAACCUACCCCCUGACAAAGCCAGGUUACUGAGGCAGUACGACAAUGAGAAAAAGUGGGAACUGAUUUGUGAUCAGGAACGAUUCCAGGUGAAGAAUCCUCCCCAUACAUACAUUCAAAAGCUCAAAGGCUAUCUGGAUCCAGCUGUAACCAGGAAGAAAUUCAGACGGCGUGUUCAAGAAUCCACACAAGUACUAAGAGAACUGGAAAUUUCAUUAAGAACCAACCAUAUUGGAUGGGUCAGAGAGUUUUUGAAUGAAGAAAACAAAGGCCUUGAUGUUCUAGUGGAGUAUCUGUCAUUUGCACAGUACGCAGUAACGUAUAAUACUUUGCCGAGCAGACGAACCUUGAAGAAUUCAAGAUUAGUCAGUAAGAAAGAUGACGUCCACGUGUGUAUCAUGUGUUUACGUGCCAUCAUGAACUAUCAGUAUGGUUUCAACAUGGUCAUGUCUCACCCACAUGCUGUCAAUGAGAUUGCACUGAGCUUGAACAACAAGAAUCCAAGAACAAAGGCUCUUGUGUUAGAAUUGUUGGCGGCUGUCUGUCUUGUCAGAGGCGGGCAUGAAAUCAUCUUAUCGGCAUUUGACAACUUUAAGGAGGUUUGUGGAGAAAAACAGCGCUUUGAGAAGUUGAUGGAACAUUUCAGGAAUGAAGACAAUAACAUAGAUUUUAUGGUGGCCUCUAUGCAGUUUAUUAAUAUUGUAGUCCAUUCAGUAGAAGACAUGAAUUUCAGAGUUCACCUCCAAUAUGAAUUUACCAAGUUAGGCCUGGAUGAAUACUUGGAUAAGCUGAAACACACUGAGAGUGACAAGUUGCAGGUGCAGAUUCAGGCUUACCUGGACAAUGUAUUUGAUGUAGGAGCUCUGCUGGAGGAUGCUGAAACCAAGAAUGCAGCCUUGGAAAGGGUGGAAGAGCUGGAAGAAAACAUCUCUCAUUUGUCAGAAAAACUGCAAGACACAGAGAAUGAAGCCAUGUCCAAGAUUGUGGAACUUGAAAAGCAGCUCAUGCAGAGGAACAAGGAGCUGGAUGUUGUUCGAGAAAUCUACAAAGAUGCAAAUACCCAGGUUCACACGUUAAGGAAAAUGGUCAAAGAAAAAGAAGAAGCUAUUCAAAGACAGUCUACCCUGGAAAAAAAGAUUCAUGAACUGGAGAAACAAGGGACCAUUAAAAUUCAGAAGAAAGGGGAUGGGGACAUCGCCAUACUGCCAGUCAUGGCUUCUGGCACGUUGUCCACAGGCUCAGAAGUGGCAGUGGGUAACUUUGUGGGACCAGUAACAGGGGCUGCCUCCUCGGGACCCUUGUCCCCGCCUCCCCCCCCACUACCUCCAUUGUCAGAUGCACCUGAAGCUGUGCAAAAUGGUCCAGUAACACCACCUAUGCCACCCCCUCCUCCACCUCCUCCACCUCCCCCGCCUCCUCCACCCCCUCCCCUGCCUCCACCUCUCCCUGGUCCUGCGGCUGAGACUGCACCAGCUCCUCCUUUACCACCACCCCUCCCUCCUUCUGCACCCCCGCUACCUGGGACAUCAUCACCCACGGUGGUUUUCAACUCAGGAUUAGCAGCUGUGAAAAUUAAGAAGCCAAUUAAGACGAAAUUCAGAAUGCCAGUUUUUAACUGGGUUGCCCUGAAGCCAAAUCAGAUAAAUGGCACAGUCUUCAAUGAAAUUGAUGACGAGCGGAUACUGGAGGAUUUAAACGUGGAUGAAUUUGAGGAAAUUUUUAAGACAAAAGCCCAAGGUCCUGCCAUUGACCUUUCUUCAAGCAAACAGAAGAUACCACAGAAGGGAUCCAACAGAGUGACGUUACUGGAAGCAAACAGGGCCAAAAACCUUGCCAUAACCUUGAGGAAAGCUGGCAAGACUGCCGAUGAGAUCUGUAGAGCUAUUCAUGUAUUUGACUUGAAGACACUGCCUGUAGACUUUGUGGAGUGUCUGAUGAGGUUCUUGCCAACUGAGAAUGAGGUGAAAGUGCUCCGGCUCUACGAGCGGGAGAGGAAGCCCGUGGAGAACUUGUCAGACGAAGACCGGUUCAUGAUGCAGUUCAGUAAAAUUGAGAGGCUCCUGCAGAAGAUGACCAUUAUGGCCUUCAUCGGGAACUUUGCCGAAAGCAUUCAGAUGCUGACUCCUCAACUGCACUCAAUUAUAGCAGCAUCUGUCUCUAUAAAGUCAUCUCAAAAACUCAAGAAAAUUCUGGAGAUCAUCUUGGCCCUGGGGAACUAUAUGAAUAGCAGUAAACGAGGAGCAGUUUACGGAUUUAAACUUCAGAGUUUAGAUCUGCUUUUAGAUACAAAGUCAACAGACCGAAAGCAAACACUGUUGCACUAUAUAUCGAAUGUUGUAAAAGAAAAAUAUCACCAAGUGUCCCUAUUUUAUAAUGAGCUUCAUUAUGUGGAGAAAGCUGCUGCAGUCUCCCUUGAGAAUGUUUUACUGGAUGUGAAGGAGCUCCAGAGGGGCAUGGACUUGACCAAGAGGGAGUACACCAUGCACGACCACAACACGUUACUGAAGGAGUUCAUUCUCAACAAUGAGGGGAAGUUGAAGAAGCUGCAGGAUGACGCCAAGAUCGCCCAGGAUGCCUUUGAUGAUGUGGUGAAGUAUUUUGGAGAAAACCCCAAGACGACACCACCCUCUGUCUUCUUUCCUGUGUUUGUCCGGUUUGUGAAGGCCUAUAAGCAAGCAGAAGAGGAGAACGAGCUGAGGAAAAAGCAGGAGCAAGCGCUCAUGGAGAAACUCCUGGAGCAGGAAGCUCUGAUGGAGCAGCAGGAUCCGAAGUCUCCUUCUCACAAAUCAAAGAGGCAGCAGCAAGAAUUAAUUGCGGAAUUAAGAAGGCGUCAAGUUAAAGAUAACAGACAUGUUUAUGAAGGAAAAGAUGGUGCCAUUGAAGACAUUAUCACAGAUCUUAGAAACCAACCAUACAGACGAGCCGAUGCGGUGAGGAGGAGUGUCAGGCGGCGCUUUGAUGAUCAGAACUUGCGUUCUGUUAAUGGUGCCGAAAUAACCAUGUGAACCUGAGACCUGUGUGAAUAGAGUGUGCGCAUGAAAGAAACCGUCCACAUGAACUUUAUGUGCUACCAUUUAACUGCAGCCUUGAACAUUGAUAAAAUAUUCCAAGGGCUCAGAUUUAGCAAACACAUAGGAAUUUUAAAAUGAUGGGCUCUCCUUCCAACCUUUGUUAACAAGUGCCUAAAAGUGGAAGUACCUGCUCAGAUUAAUCGAAGCAAUAGGAUUUGAUUUGGUAUCUUUUUACAUCAGUAUGUUAUUAAUUUUUUAAUCAAAUUUUAAAUUUCCUAUUACAAGUAUUACCUGCCAUGGUGAUCGUCCCAUGAUAGCCCACCCUGGUUUCCUAGUAAGUUGUAAAUAACAUGAAUGCAUCUGCUGUGGGCGUCCUUUGCUGGGGUGUCUCUUAAGGAAUUAUUUUUGUGUUCCAGCCAUUCCCAUCAACUUUGUAUUUUUAAGGGCUUGCAACAUGGGAGGAGGGAAAAGUCACACGAUAAACUCCUUCCGUCAGUAACCAAGGCCCAGCAGAGUGCAAACAGGACGCAGUUCCAGCAGCACGGAAGUUACUCAGCCAGUAGUCACCUUCCACAUUCGGGUACUUCUGUGCUCGAGUACCAGGCCCUCCCUGUGCAAAACUCACCUUACAACUGCCAGAGUAUGAUGGCAUACAAAUGUAUAGAAUUUAUUUGCCAUACUGUGUUCUUCAGCUAGGGGCAGCUUUGAAAAAAUAAUGCAAAUGUAUUUAUUAAUUAGCACUAAAAUUAACAUCUCAGUAAUCAGUAUUAGGACUUCUGAGGACCAUUAUGGGCCAAACCUGAGAAUAGAAUUCAGUGCCUUGCUAGCCAGGAAGAGGUUCUCUGUCAACAAGUAUUUAGGAAUCCUUCUGCUAGCAGAGUAGCGUUAGUAGGCUGGCCUUACUCUCCUGACAAUCGGUUGUUUCCCCCCCUCCUCCUUCCUUUUGUAAAUUGGAGAAGUAUUUGGCAUCAUAUAUCAAAGCUAAGAACUUCUAUUUCCCAGACUACUUACAGGGACUUGCUCAAAUAUUCACAUUGGGAUUAAGCUUUUAAAUGGUAUGUAAUGGGACUAAAUGGCCAACUAAGCCAGUUAUGUUUCCUUGUUCUCUGGCAGGGCACUUGAUCCAUUCCAAAGUCAAAAACUGGACUGAAGUUAAUUUGUACUUUCCAUAAUACACAUUCUGCUUCUGGCUUAUCUUCUUGGUAUAUUACAUCAAUAUUAAUUGUAAAGUUUAUUGUAUAGUAUUUAACCACUGAAUUUAUUUUAUGUUGUGCUUAUGUGAACUCCUUGGUGAAGGUCCAAUUUUCCUUGGAUAAUGUGUAGUUAUAUAUGACCUCUUUUUAAAUGUACAGAUAUUUUGCUAUAAAAUUGGUGCAGUUUUUUAUGGUUUUUACACUUCUCUUUAAUUCCCACCUAAGCCUCUGGGUAAUAUUGUAAAUAUUGUUUAAAAAUGCAUCAGCCUAUGCUAUACAAUCUGAAUGUUAUUUUAACUUAUAGUUUUUUUUAAUAUAUAUAUUUAACUACAAGGACAGUUUAGGGGUCAGUUACAUUUUACUUUAGCAUACCCAUUUACAGAGAUUGCUUUUAAACUGUCACCUGCCAGCAGAUUUUCAUAAAUGUGUACUUUAAAAAGAACAUGCCAAGAUUUUGUCUUUCUGUUGACUUGACACUCAUUUUGAGGAUAAAGCAAGUCAACCAUGAGAUACACAAUACAAAUUGUUGGUCCUUUACCGCAAGCGGCUGUUUUCCAAAAGCACAGUGCUGAUGAGCAUGUUAAAACACUUGCUAUUUAUUAAUCUGUAAGUAGACAAUAAUGUUGGCAUGUUCUUUCCUGUUUGUCUAUUAACAGGCUUGCUUCUUAGCAAUAUUAGAAUGUUUUAUAAAAGCAAUUCAUGUUACUUUUCUGGUCUUUUCAUGGCAUAUGAGCAAAUAAACUAUUUACACUA